AUGCCUCACGGUACAAAAGCACCUGCUGCCGGCCACGCAUCUCGACAGCCGAGACAGACGGACGAGGGUGGAACGGGGGAGGAAUGCCGCUAUGUGGUGCGAGUGACGGACAGUGUCCCUGGGCUGCCCCUGCGCGUGCCCAACGAGCUUGCCCACCUGUUCGCCACCACCCACAACAACAGCUACGUACAUCGCGAGUACCCGAUCACCUUCAAGACGGACGCGUCAUCGUCGUCAAUCAUGAAGCGCGACUCGUGGAACUACACUCUACUCAUCCAGUGUAAUGCUCAUCAACCCUGGUUCGACUUUCCUCAUCGUGGUCAGCCCGUGUCGCUGAGCCCGCUGAACGACAGCCUCCGGCUCACCCUGCCGUCGCCCCAGUUGACCCUCCUCGCCGCCCACGCCGACGACACCGCCGAAGCGAGGGUCAUCGACUCGGCGGUCCCGGCGUCGCCCACGGUCCUCACUCUGAGCCUCUACUACGCGCCCGCGUCGGUGAGCCUCUACGAUGCGCUCGGCCUCUCCUUGGCGUGCAUGGCAGCGAUCCUCGUGUGCCAUUUCCUCGCCGCCGGUCGGCUCGACAAGGCCAUCCGAGUGCGGGAAGAGCGGGUCAAGCAGAAGAAGGCGGCCACACACGUGGUCGAGCAGUCGUUCCCACCCACAGCAGCCCCUGUUGACAACCUCGCCGACUCGGCAACGCCUGCCCUGCCGGACGAUGCAGCAUCUUCCUCGUCACCCUCCUCCGCACCCACGCCCUACCGGUUCAAGGCCAAGGACACGCGCAAGCGGUUCACCCGACCACAGCCCGGUGGAGGGUCAAUGGACUUCUGA